AUAGCGAAUAAAUCUUUAUAGGUAAAAGUAAUUAUUUAUAUUAAUUUUUUUUUUUGUUAUAUUUUCUAUUUCAGUCGAAAUUUUUAUAUGAUAAUUUUUAUUGUUGAUGAAUGAAAUAUUAUUAAAAUUAUAAAGAGAAUUUUUUUUAUGUUCGUUUUUCUUAUAUAAUAUAUUAUUAAGAAAAAACAUUUUUAUAUAUUAUUAUAUCGUUUAAAAUAAAAAAAUACAUUUAUACUUUACCAAUUAAUGAUUUUUUGUCAGUAUACAUGAAGAUAUUUUUUUUUUCAUAAAUAAUGUUUUGGAAAAUUUAUUAAAUAAUUGUUUUAAUUUUAUAUUUUAUACUAUGUCGUAUGUUAAAGGUACAUUUACAUAUUGCAUAUCAUUUUGAGGAAAAAUGUGAAGACGAAUAAUUAAAAAUGAAUGAAGUUCAUCCUUAUAGUACGACGUAUAAUUAAUUAACCAAAUGCAUAAUAUAUUGAUUACUGUGUUUUUAUAAUACAAGUAAAUGGUAGUUCAAAUAAAAAUAUAGGAUGUUCCUAUACCAUAACAUAUUUUUUGUGUUUAUCCUGAUAACUUCGAUAUGUCUUUAUUGUCCGCAUGAAACCACUUCCUACAAACUUUUAUAUAAAAAUAUCAGUGUGAAUAACAAAAAUUUUGAAGUAAAAGUAUUAUUAAGUUAUGCUAAAUUGGGUACCAAGAAAAAAACCUCACGAGUAGACAGAAUUUUAGCAAGUAUCUAUGAGGAUAUAAAAAGAAAAAGGCAACAAAUUCUCGAUGCAGCACCUUCGAAUAAAAUAAAAGUAAAACAAAUUAAAAAACGACGAGAUAAUUUAAAACGCAGUAAAUUAAAUAGCAAAAUUCAUGAUUCAAGUAAGAGGAGAAAAACUUCUUUAUUUAAAAGAAUAAAAUUACUUUUUCGAAGAAAAAAAAAAGAUAAAUUUGCUAGAUUAAAAUAUCUAAUUGAAAUGAGCGAAAAAAAUAUACGUGAGGAGAAGGAAAAUAAGAAGAAGAAAAAAAAAAAUAGUAAAUUUAAAGAAUUACGUAAUAAGAUAUCUUAUCCGCAUCUCUUUUUGUCAUUAAUUGGAUUACUUGCCGUUAUAGGUGGUUUGAGUGGGAAAUAA